AUGAUUCCAAGAAAUAGUUUGAGACACGUACAAAAGAGCUUUAGAUCAUAUUAUUUUCCAACGGGAACUAAACGGCAAUUUUCGAAGUCUUUGGGCUGGCUGACACAAUCUUCACAUCAAACUUCCAAGUAUGAAAAAAAAACACAUUUUGGCUUUGAGACUGUCACCGAGGCAGAGAAAGAAGACAGAGUGGCCGGAGUAUUCAGCAGCGUUGCGGCCUCGUAUGAUACAAUGAACGACUUUAUGUCACUUGGCAUCCACCGCUUAUGGAAAGAUCACUUCGUCCGUUCAAUCAACCCAGGUUUUUCAUCAAAAACGCCGCCACUGCCAUGGUCCAUGUUAGACAUUGCCGGCGGCACGGGUGAUAUCGCCUUCCGUCUACUAAGUCAUUGCGAUAGAAUCAACCAAUCCUUCGAAUCUUGCAUAACUAUAUCAGAUAUCAAUUCUAGCAUGCUCAGCGAGGGGAAAAAGCGCUCUCUGGCAACGCCCUACGCAAACUCUCCUCGAUUAAAAUUUCUGCUUGCGAAUGCAGAACAUUUAGAUGAAGUACCUUCCAACAGCAUUGAUCUCUACACAGUUGCUUUUGGAAUUCGCAACUUUACCAACAAAGAAACUGCAUUAGCAGAAGCAUUUCGUGUUUUGAAGCCAGGCGGCUUAUUUGCCUGCCUAGAAUUUAGCAGCGUGAAAAAUUCAUAUUUCAAUGCUGUCUAUAAGCAAUGGAGCUUUAGUGCGAUACCACUGAUUGGUCAGUUAGUAUCUGGGGAUCGUGCAAGUUAUCAAUAUCUUGUAGAGAGUAUUGAGCAGUUUCCAGAUCAGCAGACCUUUAGGAAUAUGAUCCAAGCAGCCGGCUUUGAGAUCCCUGGUAAGGGGUGGGAAGAUUUAACUGGGGGUAUUGCAGCCAUUCACAAAGGUGUUAAGCCGCUCGAAGGCUUUUGA